AUGCUUAAAAAUGCAAUACUAUUCUUAAGUAGUACUCCUCCUUUUCUCAAUCUGCAGGGUUUCUUGAUGAUAGUCUUGUUGAGCUUGUCUUGUUUAUCAUUUGGAUUGAAAAUCACAAGUGUUGCCACCUACGAUGUAACAUCUUAUGGUGCAAAAGGAGAUGGCAAUACAGAUGACUCCAAUGCUUUCCUUCGAGCAUGGGAUGAUUUAUGUGGAGAUAUGUCGCCAGAACCGACAUUGAUAAUUCCAUCAGACAAGACAUUUUUGAUAAACCUGGUGGCAUUCAAAGGUCCAUGCAAAUCCCCAAUUGUAAAUAUUAAGCUGUUGGGUAACAUCGUUGCACUGAAGACUCUCGAUGGAUGGAAAGGUUGCAUUAACAAUAACAUUUGGAUAUACUUCACAUCCGUGCAAGGACUCAAGAUCCAAGGACCUGGUCAAAUUUAUGCCAAGUCUCGAUUUGGUGGAAAAAGGAGGGGCAACUUAAAACCAAUGCAUGCAAUCGCCCAAUUCCCCAAUACAGAUGGGAUAGACAUCGGUGAUUCUUCCCAUGUUAAUAUCCAUGAUUCUAACAUUCAGACUGGUGAUGAUUGUGUUGCUAUUAAUGGCUGUCACUACUAG